AUGACAUUCCCAUUUGCAGAGUUAGGAACUUGGGAUCUUCCACUAUUUUUAAUAUUGUCUAUUUCCUGUGUUUUUACAGACCCAUACUUAAACACAGAUGCUGGUACUAUGUCUCCCUUUGAGCAUGGUGAGGUGUUUGUGCUUGAUGAUGGUGGAGAGUCUGUCAUUGAGAAGGAGAGGAAGGGUGAUUAUCUUGGAAAGACGGUCCAGGUUGUUCCUCAUGUAACUGAUGAAAUAAAACAAUGGAUACAAUCAGUAUCCUCUGUUCCUGUGGAUGGGCAGACUCGUCCAGCUGAUGUUUGUGUUAUCGAAUUGGGCGGCACUGUAGGUGAUAUUGAAUCAAUGCCAUUCAUUGAAGCUCUACGUCAGUUGUCAUUUUCUCUUGGUAAGGACAAUUUCUGCCUCAUACAUGUGAGCCUUGUUCCAGUAUUGGGUGUAGUUGGUGAGCAAAAAACUAAGCCAACACAACACAGUGUACGAGAACUAAGGGCCUUGGGUCUUACUCCUGAUCUUCUAGCGUGCCGAUCAGCACAGCCACUAAUAGGAUCCGCGAAGGAGAAGCUUUCACAAUUUUGUCAUGUACCGGUUGAGAACAUACUUAACAUCCAUGAUGUUCCAAAUAUAUGGCAUGUUCCCCUUAUUCUUAGAAACCAAAAGGCUCACGAGGCUAUAAUCAAACAACUAAACCUUUCCAGGUCUGCUGCCCCCCCUGAAUUACGAGAUUGGACGCUGAUGGCCGAGUCAUAUGAUAACCUCAGUACCUCUGUUAGCAUUGUUCUACAAGUCCUCUCUUUAUUGAUUGCAUGCUGCAAAAUCAAAUUUACUGAAUAUGGAUCCAUGCAGGUUAAAAUUGCUUUGGUUGGGAAGUACACUAAUCUGUCAGAUUCUUACUUAUCAGUGGUGAAGGCUCUCCUACAUGCCAGUGUUGCAUGUUCACAGAAACCUUCUAUCCAGUGGGUUUCAGCUUCAGAUCUUGAAGAUGCAGCUGCUGCAAGUACGAGUGAACCAAGGUUGGGUGCACCGGAUACAUACCCUUCCUUGGACACUGAUGGGAAUGGCCAUGCACCAGAUGCUCAUGCUAAAGCUUGGGAAACUCUUAAGGGUUCCUCGUGCAUUUUGAUACCUGGAGGAUUCGGAGAUCGUGGAAUAUCUGGGAUGAUAUUGGCUGCAAAAUAUGCUCGUGAGAAUAAAGUACCAUAUCUUGGCAUAUGCUUGGGAAUGCAGAUAUCGGUGAUUGAGAUGUCCAGACAUGUUUUGGGCCUGGGAAAUGCAGACAGUGAAGAGUUCAACACAGACACACCAGAUCGUGUUGUUAUGUACAUGCCUGAGGUAUCAAAAACACACAUGGGAAACACGAUGAGGUUGGGUUGCCGUCGAACGUUCUUCCGUAAACCAGAUUGUCUGACAUCGAAACUGUAUGGAAAUCCUCCACAUGUAGAUGAGCGCCAUCGUCACAGAUACGAGGUCAAUCCUAGCUUUGUUCCAAUGCUUGAGAAUGCAGGACUUCAGUUUGUUGGUUGUGAUGAAAGUGGAAACAGGAUGGAGCCUGAACCUGCUUGCACUUACGAUCAGAUUGUAGAGCUACAAGAUCACCCAUUUUACAUAGGUGUUCAGUUCCAUCCAGAAUUCAAGUCGAGGCCUCGAAAACCCUCGCCUCCAUUUACAGGUCUGAUACUGGCAGCGACUGAACGCAUGCGAACACUUACAAAUGUCUCCAAUGGUGACGCUGGAGCUUCUGAGUAG